AUGGCAUAUUUGCAUUCGGCCUCGCUCCUCCUUGUACUCGGCACCUACCUAUUGUUUGGCGUGGCCCAGGACAUCUGCAACACACACCACUGGGACCUCCAGGCGUUGCAUAACUAUUGCACGUUGGCUGGAAGGGCAACAUACCGGUCUCCGGCUUGUACCAUCUAUCGCCUCUGCGACAGCGCCCCUGCAGCCUUGCCAUCACUUGUGCCUGCAUUAUGCAACUCGGAGCGCCUCUUCCUAACCUUAUGCACCGACCAACCAGAGCUGUCCGAAUGCUGCAGGUUUCGGAGACGCCUUGCUGUCGUCCCUGCACAUGAAGGCUGCAUAAAGCCCACAGCACUGAAGCUUUGGAGUACGCAAGCUGUGCAGAAAUUCCUGGCUACCCGGUGCAGCCAUGGCCUUGGCAACACCAUCACCAGCGCCAGCACCAUUGCCGCCACCGAGUGCGACCUCUGCACCUCACCAGAGCUGUGCGACGCAUCCGAUCCGCUGCUCACCUACACUACCCUCUGCUUGGAGGAUAGCACCGCCGCGGGUUGCGAGCCAUGGGCGGAGUUUUGUGCACAUGACCCGCAAGCUGCGGCGCCGGCACUGUGCGUGCACCCCGGUGGAUCGGCCUUGCGCACCGCCGUCGGGUUGCAGUCGUACCCGCCGCCGCCACCCGCCGACCCGUGCAUCCUGAACUCAACGGACCCGUCGUGCAAGUCGUACAAGUACCCGGACAGUGCAGCGCUCGCCAACAUCAACACUCUGUGCAACUCGAUGCCGGACAUGCCGGGAUGCGCCAUCGCCAGGGCAUGUGCCUCGGACCGGCGCCGUGUGUCGGACAAGUACUGCCGGCCCUUCGUGUUGCUGGCCACCCUGUGCCAUGACAUGCCGGGGAUGCGGGGAUGCGACAGUUACAAGCAGCUGUGCAAGAUGGGCAGCGUGGUGGAGCAGUGUGUGGUAGAGGGACCUGUACCGCGGGCGCCAACCACGUCCCAGGCCCGCAAAGCCGUGUUCGGUGCGUGUGCUGAUCACCCCAUGUCGGGCUGCGCCAACUGCACUUCCAUGGACUGUCCGGACCCCCUGGCCUCUCUGGCUGCCAUUUGCCACGAGAUGCCCGACAUGGCGGCAUGUGCGGGCUUCUGGGCCUUUUGCGAGGCGGCCGGACAGCAAGACGUGGCGGAGUGGUGCAGCGAGGAUGAUGAUAAGUACCUGCCCGCCAUGCUGAUGUACUUCCAUCAGCGCACGCAGGAGCUGCUGCUGUGGAAGGAGUGGAGGCCCAGGACGAAAGGCCAGUACGUAGGCAGUGUGUUGGCUAUCGUGGCCAUGGGUGUGGUGGCCACGGGCCUCAAGACCGCCAAGGGCGCACUGACACUGCAAUGGAACCACCAGAGGGCACUCAGAGGGGUGGAGCCCAAGGUCAUCAGUGUGUGGGUGCCACGAAGCGGGCAGGGGACGGAGAUACUGGCCAAGGCGGCCAUCACAGGCAUCAGCCUAACACUCGACUACUUCAAUAUGCUCAUCGCAAUGACGUUCAAUGUGGGUUUCUUCUGCGCCGUCAUCGCGGGGUACAUCAUUGGCACGUUGCUGUUCAGCCACGUAUUGGAGAACUACGCCGCCAUCCUGCACCAGCGCCGUCGAGACGCGGACGCGGCGCUGAAGCGGCGAGCUCCGUCGCAGGGCAGGGUGGCGAUGGCGAACGGCAAUGGCAGCAACGGCGCCGGCGUGGCCCUGCAGGCCAAUGGUAACGUUGUGGUGGCCCCGCUGGCCGGAUCAGCCGCGGCUGGGGCUGUGGUGGCACUCGGAAGUCAUGUUACUUCGGACGAGGAUGAAGGGGAGGAGAAGCUGCUGCUGGUCCUCGAGGGCGAGGGCGAGUGCAACUGUGUUCAUAGCGCGUAG